AUGCGCUUCAUGCUGGAUUUGGCGUUACUUUGCGGUGUUUUUCUUUUCGGGCAACUGGUUGAGACUGCAAAAAAUAAUCAGGCUGUGACUGUCUCCAAGAAUGGAAAGCACUCAAUGGAUAAAGCGAAAGAGAGCAAAAACAUUACGACCGCAAGUGGAGAAAACGAUAUAUGGUACGAGAUAAAAGCGAUGAGAAUGGAUAAGACGGAAGCGGCCCUUCCAGGUUACUUCUACAAGAGUUCUUACAAAACUAGUGACCGAAGAAGAGGAAGAAGAAGACGACCUCAAAACAGAAGACGCCAUCCUAAGAAAAGAAGAUUCAGGUACAAGCCGCAUGUUGCUGCGACUGAAAAACCAAAACAGCUCAAGUUCACCACCAAACAGGAUGCCGCAAUGAGAGAGAACCUCAGCAGCUCAACUUUACAACAAAGCUAGUUUUUACGAUGACCGAGAAACCAAACAGCUCAAUGCCAAAGAAACCAAUGCAGCCUAACACCACUGCAAUUUGACGUAUAC